CAGCUCAGUGGUACUUUCCACUCCACUAAAGCUUUUCUCCUGGAGUAAACAUGAAGUCUCUCUUGCUUCUAGGCACAGUGCUGGUCUGUGGUCUGGUUGGGGCCCAGGAGACAAUAGAGAGCCAGCUGCUGCAGAUCACGGCCCGACUGGAGAAACUUGAAAGGGAAUCUGAAGAGAGAGUAAACAGAUCUCAAGUAGCAUUCUCAGCUGCCCUAUACGAUACGGAGGACUGGACCGACCCUGGGCCUUACAUCAGUGACACAACGCUGCAGUUUAAGAAAGUGAAAACUAACAUUGGCAACGCGUACUGUCCAGACACAGGAGUUUUCACUGCCCCAGUUAAAGGACUCUACUACUUCCAGUUCACCGGAGUUGUUGGCAAAUCUGGGAAACUGAAUGCUGGACUGAAGGUGAACGGUUUGAACACUAUUGCAAUAUACCACAAAGCAGGGACACAAGCAAGCGCUACCAAUGCGGUGGCCCUGGAGCUGGAGGAGGGAGACCGAGUCUUUACCCAGAUCUGGGGAGGAAGGUCCCUUACGCUCGCAGAUCAAGGCCGACUCACAACCUUCACUGGCUUCCUUGUCUUCCCUCUCUGAGUGGAUACAAAGAUGAAGAUUUAUGUCCAAAGGUUGGCAGAAGUGGAGAAGGAAUCAUUUGUGGCAAUUAUACAGAACCGUGGAACAAUCAAGUUAAUCACAAUCACUGACAUCUCUUUAUAGGUUCUUGUAACUAAGCUAAAGGCUACAAGCAUUAAAACUAAUAAAAAAAAUGCAAACUUUGUA